CUCUCCCUGGGAUCUCAACCUCAACUCACACAACUCAGCAUCUUACUCUCUCUCUCUCUCUCUGUUUUCUUCAAAAUGCAGAACCUCAAACUGCAUAUACUGCUUUUCCUCUCAAUCUCAACCUGUCAUGUUGUUUUCUCAUUCACAGAUGGGUUGUUGCCAAAUGGGAACUUCGAGCAUGGCCCGAAGGCAUCACAGUUGAAGGGGUCGGUGGUGACAGGGCAUAAUUCCAUUCCGAACUGGAUAAUUUCAGGGUUCGUUGAAUACAUAAAAUCGGGACAAAAACAGGGUGACAUGUUGUUGGUUGUGCCUGAGGGUGACUAUGCAGUUAGGCUUGGCAAUGAAGCUUCGAUUAAGCAGAAGGUGAAGCUGAUCAAGGGAUCGUUCUACUCCAUCACGUUCAGUGCUGCUAGAACAUGUGCACAAGAGGAGAAGCUCAACGUGUCAGUGGCCCCAACCACUGAGAAGAGCGACUGGGGAAUAAUCCCCAUUCAGACUAUGUAUGGUAGCAAUGGUUGGGAGUCUUUCGCCUGUGGCUUCAGAGCAGAUUUCCCAGAAGCUGAAAUUAUCAUCCAUAACCCUGGCAAAGAGGAGGACCCAGCAUGUGGCCCACUCAUUGAUUCCAUUGCCCUCAAGCUUUUGAACAUACCCAAAAGAACCAGAGCCAAUUUGUUGAAAAAUGGAAACUUUGAAGAAGGGCCAUAUGUGUUUCCCAACUCAUCUUGGGGGGCUUUGAUCCCACCCCACAUUGAGGACGCACACAGUCCUUUGCCAGGAUGGAUAGUUGAGUCUCUUAAAGCCGUAAAGUACAUUGAUUCUGACCACUUUUCGGUGCCCGAGGGGAAAAGAGCCAUUGAACUUGUUGCAGGGAAAGAGAGUGCCCUUGCCCAAGUAGUGAUCACCACAAUUGGCAAGGUCUAUGAUCUCACUUUCGCAGUGGGUGAUGCCAACAAUGCAUGUGAAGGUUCCAUGAUGGUAGAGGCAUUUGCUGGCACAAACACUGUCCAAGUUCCCUAUCAAUCCAAGGGCAAAGGAGGGUUCGUCAGAGGCAAGCUAAGGUUCAAGGCCGUCUCAACACGUACUCGUCUUAGGUUCCUAAGCACGUUUUACACCAUGAAGAGUGAUAACUCUGGUUCCCUUUGUGGACCCGUCAUAGACGAUGUAAAAUUGCUUGGUGUUCGUUAUCCCACACGUGCUUGAUGACACCUAAUACGAUCCAAACACAUGUGCUUGAUUCGUGUAGUUCAUUCCGCUACUAGUUGAGCAUGUAUACUACAACAUAUAUUCUUCUUGUAAUAAUAGGAGGAUGAGCAUUGUUGAGCGAGUUUUACCGAGUCUUGUAUUCUUGUAUCUAUUUUCCCAUCAAAUCAAAUGCAGCCAUGACUGAAAGUUCCUUCAGUUAAUAUGAUAUUAAUACCUAUAUCUUACAUGCACCCAUGAUGUACCAGAUAACAUGUGGGUCUUGUAUUUAUAUAUGUGCCUAUCUUUUACCCAGUCAAAUUAUAUGCAAUCAUUUACAACGA